GCCUAUAUUAUAUUGUUUUACACAGUAACAGUGUUGGAAGCAGAAUGAUGCAUAAUAAGGAUCCUGAUCUAUAAAUACUGGAUAAUGUGGGUUCAUAUAUUAUUAUCAUUUGAUAAGCUGACGCCUAUGAACCCCUCAUGGCCUUUACCGUGUCGCCCUCUAGUGGCCCAUUCGUGCCAAUACAUAUUCAGUCCUUACAAACAGCAGCUGAACUCACACAGAAACUUCAGUUAAAUUAACUAAACGUAUUUAAUAUCGCUCAUUUGGGUCAAAUUGUAAAAAAGAUUUAAAAAGGGAACAGGGACCGGAGAGAAACGCCGCUGUGUGAUAGUGUUACACAAAUGUCAACAGUGUCUUUUCCCUUAAGAAAGUUGUUGGUUGCCGGCUGCCAUGUGAUCCGUCUGCCGAACUCAGCCAGAAUGUCAACCGUCUUUUGUAGCCUGUUGCACGGUAAGCGACACCCCUCUUCCUCGGUGUCGACCAACUGAACCGCAACACGUCGACGCUGUACCACAGAGGGUAUUCCCGGCCUUUUAAAUUCAGGCUGAGUUUCCAGUGAAGUUUGCCGGUGAACAGGGAGUUUCAGCAAGGAGCAAGCAACAUGCGCUCCUUAGUGGGACUGGCUGCCAUUGUGGCGGCGGCAAGCGUUUACCUCUACCUGCUGUCCACUCACCUUCCCCCGGGACCGAAGCACGUCCAGUCGGACUCCGCGGGGGAAGAAGUCCAGGAGUUCAGGCUGAAGUUCCCGUCGGACCUGGAUGAGCUGCGGGAGCUCGCGGAGAUGCUCAAGUUUUAUAAAACAGAACAUCACGGCUACGUUCUGCUGCUGUUCUGCAGCGCCUACCUCUACAAACAGUCCUUCGCCAUACCUGGCUCCUCCUUCCUGAACAUGUUAGCUGGGGCGAUAUUCGGGCCGUGGGAGGGUCUGGUGUUGGCAUGCCUGCUCACCACUUCAGGCUCCACAUUCUGCUUCCUGCUCUCCUCUGCGUUUGGAAAGCAGCAUGUGGUUCAGUUCUUCCCUGAGAAGGUGGCCCUGCUGCAGAGGAAGGUGGAAGAAAAUCGUAGCAGUUUGUUCUUCUUCCUCCUUUUCCUUCGUUUCUUCCCUAUGACUCCUAAUUGGUUCCUUAACAUCACCUGUCCUGUCCUCAACAUCCCUAUGCCCAUUUUCUUCUUCUCUGUGCUCAUAGGUUUGAUCCCCUACAACUUCAUCUGUGUUCGCACUGGCUCCAUCCUCUCAAAGAUCUCCUCUCUGGAUGAUAUCUUCUCCUGGGGGACGCUGGCCCAGCUCCUGGCCAUCGCCCUCAUGGCUCUUGUCCCUGGAGCUCUGAUCAAACGGUACAGCAAAACUCACCUGAAGGUGGACGGUAUGGACAGUAAUGGACAGGCUGAAAUUAAGCAGGACCGCAAGAGACGAUGAUUCUGGGAUAAAAGAGGACUCUCUGGGUUUGGUUUGACACAAUAUCAUGUAAGAAGGGAAAAAAAAAAACUCUCCACUGGCAGGCAUGUGACAUUUCAGCCUCGUGAUUUCUGUAAGGUCACACCAAAGGCCAUCAUACUUAUAGUGUGAUCUGUUCUGAAAGUUUGGAAAUGUCUUCAGGUCACGUUACACCAGGCUUUAAGGCUGCAGUUUCCCAAAGAUCUCUCAAUGCUAAUACACAGAGCUAAGGUUUUAGGGAAAUCUUCUGAGAUGGGCCCUGAAAGUCCUUGGAUUUACACCAAAAUAUGGUCUUAAAAGUUAAAAGAGGCUGAAUGGUGGCUUAAUUGAAUUGAAUUAAAUCACACUGAUCAUCUUGACAUGAGAUCAUUGUUUUAAAAAUUGGCCUUUAGAGUUGGGGUAAGGGAUUCUAGAUAAUGCUAAUUCACUUGUAUUCAAAUUCAGCUAUAUCUCCUCACGGUCCGCUAGCUCCAGGCUCUGUGUGUGCUGCUCUGUGUGCCGGCGUUUGUUCACAGCCCUGGCUCUGUAAAUUGGAAACAAGCAGUGGAUCGGAGUAAGCCACACAACGCUAACUUGUUUUUCCAGCCAUUCCAGCCAGGAUUUGUGUGUCAGGUAACAUUAAAUGACUUGCCAAGGGACAUUCAGCUCCCUUUCUAGUUUGCCAAGAUAUGCUGUUGCUUUUGUGAUGUUAGCUGUAGUAGCAGGAGAGUUGUGAGUAUGGCUGUCUGGAGCUGGUGUGCUGUUGACGCCUCCUCUCUGCAUGUUUUUUUAGCAACAGUUUGCAUACAACAUAUCUAACAUUAGUUACAUUACACGCUGUGUCCUUGUUCACACUAUAUCAUGGUAUUUGUCUUAGAUCUUCAUUUUCAGUCAAUUGUUGAGAUAUUUUAAAUUAAACAUCCUCUCACUGACAUGGUCAUUAUUGAAAUUGUCAUACAGUACAGUUUCCAUCCCAGGGCCAACCAAGGGCAACCUAUCACGCAUUAAUGGUAGUGGUCUGUUUCUCUCGGUCCACCAUGACUGCAGUUGUAAAUUUUGACCUUCUGUUCAGUGUAUUGCUAUUGUGGCAAGUUAUCACUAGAGCUUUAAAAGUAAUUUGCCCUGUGUAAUAAAUAUGUAGCGUAGAGCUGCAGAGGAAGCCCCACUUGACCCUGCGGUGGAGAAAUCUGUUCUGGCUUAAACACGUAUGUAUGUCCUCACAGACCUUAGCCACGUUUCGUUCCUUUAGUUCUUUGUUGUCUGCUGUGGAUGAUGGAGAUCAGACAAUUAACCAGCUAGAGACAAUAAUGUUUCUUCUUAUUGCAUAUGUUUACUCAGUAAUUCAGUUUGCAGCCUUUAAGGUUCCAGGAAUUGGAUUAGGAGAAGAGAGUGUGUCCUUUCCUAAAGCACUUACACAUGUGUCUUAAUGUAGUUGUGGCUGUAUUUACAAAUGAGUUUUACAUUAAGAUCAGGUGUGAUCUUCUUGUGGUGGUAUCAAGAAAGAGAAGACAAAAUUCAUUUGAACAACAUAGUGAAAUGUGAUGCUUUUCUGAAAGCAAUCAGUUUGGAGUUAGCAGCUCCCUGAACUGUACUAAAAUAUGAAGGUAUCCUCUUCUAGUCUGAAAGAAAGUUUUGUAUGUUUUCUAUAUAACAUUACAUACAUUAUGAUCUUGUUGCUGCCAAGCACAUUGAGAGUAUUUUACUAUAGGCUUAUGUGCAGGUCAGCUAACAGAUUAGGCAAAUUGCCUUGCUCAAGAGCACCUUGACAUCACCUUUACUACCUCUCUUCUUCACUAAACUGUGUGUUCAGAAGCAGAUAAUAUGUAGGUAUCAUAUGAGGGUAUUUGUUCAGUUUGUGGACGUUGGCAUACAUAGAGCCUUAUCUUUUCAUCUUACAAAAGAAAACCACAGCUUUGUUUUGAAGUUACUCUCAAGGUAAUGGAAUUUAGUUUGGAAACAGCCAUGAGAAGAUCACAUCUUGUGCUCCUGUAAUAGGCCUUUAACUGAUGUUGGUGUUGCACUUUAUGUUGGCUGCUGUUAGUGUAACAGCAGUAAGUUUGGUAAUGUAUUAUUUUAUUUUUCAGAACAGAGUCUCUAGAGAAUAGUCAAAUUGUAGCUUCUUCUUUUCGCUUGCGUUUUACAGAUCUGGAUCGUCUACUGUAUAUUUCAUUAGGUAUUUCAGGAUGAUCUUUCGUAAAAUGUACAUGUAGUAUUUUGUGUAUCUAAUCUUGUACUGUAGCCUCACAGUGUAGUGACAUUCAGGAUUUUUACAGCUAUGGAGUCACCUUUUUUAUAUGUCAGUAUAGCUGCUCCCAACACAAACAGGGAAAACGUUGGUGGUUCCACUGUUGAGUGUCACGAAUGUCAAAAACACCCAAAGUGCCAGAUAUCCUGUUUUUAUCUGCUGUUCACUCCCAACAGUUAAAUAAAAUUAAUUCAAUGAGUUUUUUGUCAGCACAUUGCAGAGGCAGUCUUAUGAAUACAAUUGCAAGUAAAAAAAAUAUAUUUUUUUGCUUUUGACAAUGUUGCUUUAAGUUUUUAAACGGCUUUGUGUAGGUCUCAGGAUGAGAGAUUUUUGUUCUUGUCUUUUUUGACCAAAGAAAGUUAAAGAAAAAAAAAACUACUCCAAUCUGCUCGGGUGAGACGGAAUCUUUUUUUUAAAUCAAACAUGUUUUUUGUGGAAUCUGUAAAAAUGUAAUAAAAUCUGUUAUACUGUC